ACCAAACCAAACCAAACCCUAGAGAGAGAGAGAGAGGAUUUGGAGGCGGAGGAGCAGUCCAUCGACCGAGGGGGAACAAGAGGAGUCGGAUCGGGAUCGGAGGAAGAGAGGAUUGAGGGGGGAAUCCAAGAUGCGGGGCGGGACGGUGCAGAUCAACUGGCACGACCUGCAACCCGUGCUCAGCCUGGACUUCCACCCCGCCUCCCGCCGCCUCGCCACCGCCGGCGCUGACCACGACGUUAAGAUCUGGGUGAUAGCGUCGGAUGGUUCGGACGACAAGCUCCCCACUGCCACCUUCCAGAGCGGCCUCUCGCCCAACGGCACCGCCCACAGCUCCGCGGUGAACGUUCUCCGCUUCUCUCCUUCUGGGGAAUAUCUCGCUUCCGGUGCUGAUGGUGGCGGUAUUAUCCUGUGGAAAUUGCAUUCCACCGAGGAUGGCGAUGCUUGGAAAAUGCACAGGACGUUAUUGUUCCAUCACAAGGACGUUCUUGACCUACAGUGGUCGCAUGACAGCGCGUUCCUUGUUUCUGCGUCAGUUGACAACACUUGCAUAAUUUGGGAUGCUAAUAAAGGCACGGUGCAUCAGAAGUUAGAGGGACACCUGCAUUAUGUUCAGGGUGUGGCAUGGGAUCCUUUGGGUCAGUAUAUUGCUUCACUGAGCUCCGACAGAACCUGUAAAAUAUAUGCAAAUAAGCCUCAAGGCAAAUCGAAGAACGCAGGGAAGAUGAACUUCGUUUGCCAGCAUACGCUGGUGAAGGUAGAAUAUCAGAAUCAUGAUGAAUCCAAGCCGCCAGUUAAGUCUCAUCUGUUUCAUGAUGAGACAUUACCAUCUUUCUUCCGGAGGUUGGCAUGGUCACCUGAUGGCUCUUUUCUAGUAUUACCAGCAGGUCUUUCUAAACACUCCUCUGAAGUGGUUAAUACCGCUUAUAUAAUGCCAAGGCGAGAUCUCUCAAGGCCUGCGAUACAACUCCCUGGGGCAAGUAAAGCUAUAGUAGCAGUGCGCUUCUGCCCUGUUCUUUUCAGAACGCGUGGUUCUAACUCAGAUGGAUUCUUCAAGCUUCCUUAUAGGGUUGUUUUUGCUGUUGCUACUUUGAACUCUCUAUAUGUCUACGACACUGAAAGUGUUCCUCCAAUUCUAAUACACGCUGGUCUACACUAUGCUGCCAUUACAGAUAUUGCAUGGUCUUCUGAUGCUAAGUACCUGGCAGUGUCAUCACGAGAUGGCUACUGUACUAUAAUAGAGUUUGAGAACGAGGAACUGGGGCAGCCUCAUAUCCUAUCUGGAGCAAAGAAAGUUGCUGAAGGAAAUAUCACAUGUGAAAAGAAGCCUUUAUCGGGAGAUAGCAUGGAAGUUGAUGUUGAUGCCAGCAAACUUGAGAUGGAAGCCAGCCCUGUGGCUGUAGGAGUUACACUGCAACCGGUGUUGGCCGAGAACGCCACAUUGAGAACAGGGGAGGUUGCUGAAGGAAACGUGCCCUGUGAAAACAAGCCGGUGACAGUAGACAGUAUGGAAGUGGAUGUUGGUGCCAACAAAGUUAAGAAGGUAGUGAGUCCUGUGGCUGUCAAAGUGACACCGCCACUAGUGUCGACCACGAACAGUGCAUCAAGUAAGCCUACCAAGAAGCGAAUUACUCCAAUUGCAAUUAACUAAGCAACAGAAGUAGUUAGGAUUAUGAUAUCUUCUGUAGUGAUAUUAAGUACUGGACAUUAAGUUUAGGUUAACCUGUAAAGAAGUUCAGUUUGCAGCCAUGUUCACCUUCUGCCCUAGUCCCAUAAAUUCUCUUGCUGCUCUUGACACAAUGGGGGGAAUAUGAACAGAAAGAUUGUUAUGAAGCAAUAUGCAGCCACUAACCGGCCUAUACGAGCA